AAAUUACUCCUCGCUGGAAUCGGAGAGGCGAAAUGACGCCGGUUGGUGAAAGCUUCGGGAAGCCAAUUGCCUGGGCCGAUGUGUCUUCGCCUCUCUCGAUGAAAGCGAAAGUAAACAUGGGGACAUGGAAUGUCCACACCAUGUUUGAACCUAUCAAGGCUGCCCAGAUUGCAAAAGAGAUGAGAAGGUAUAGCAUAGAAGUGUCACGUUGGCAAUCUGCGAGUGCAGAUGGAAUGGAAUGGGAGUGGACUCUCCAAACUGUCAACUGGAGAAUCAAUAAUCUACUCCAAUAUUGUCACCCAGAUGACAACCAAAAGCACACUGAGUUCUCGAGUGGCUAUCGUGAUGUCCCCAACAGCAUCGAAGGCUCUCAUGCAGUGGGAACCAAUCUCCUCCACAAUCAGGAUCAUGACAGCAAAGUUCAACUCAAAAGGAAGGAAGGUCACAAUCAUACAAUGCUACGCUGUGCAUUUACACAUAAUGCAGAUGAAGAAAAAAAGGAGGAAUUCUACAGACAACUGCAAUCAACACUGGACAAGACUCCACUCCAGUUGGCGAUAUCAAAAUUCUAAAGGGUGGGUGACAUGAAUGCCAAACUGAGAGGGCACAACACAGGAAGAGAACUAACCAUGGGUCGAGAAGCGCUCGGUGAGGUGAUGAACGAGAAUGGAGAGUUGUUUGCAGAAUCCUGUGCAUUCAAUGAUUUGGUGAUUGGAGGCCAGGCACUGUGUUCAAGCACAAGGAUAUCCACAAAGCGAGCGACAUGGAUUUCACCAGACACCAGGACACACAAAAAAUCAGACCGACUUCAUCUCAAUCUCAAGAAAAUGGAGACACAGCCUACUGGACAUAAGAUCAGAUCAAGAAGGGGAACAGAUGCAGGUCCACACCGCUCACUGUCUAGUGCAAGGAACCUUCAAAAUCAAAUUGAAAGCCUUCAGGGAAGUUGGUGAUAGACCACAGUCAAGUUCAACAUCCAGAACAGAAACUGAAGGAUGAAACUACAAAGGGAAUCUUCCCGGCCGCCAGCAAUCAAGACAACAUGGGAGAUAUCGAGCAACAUCUCUGAAAAAACCUGUGUGUUCGAACACUGGAACUCUUUGGAAGAGAUGUGGAAAGAAACCUGCAUAACCGUAUUAGGAAGGAAGAAGAAAGAAGACAAGGAAGGGAUCUCGACGGACACAUGGAAGCUGAUAGAGCAGGGAGAGGAGAAUGGUGAAGCAGAAGAUGAACCAGUGCAAGGAUGCUGAAACAGAGGAGGAACUGAAUACAACGUUUACAACACUGGACAAAGAAGUGAAGAAG